UUUUCAAAUCACCUUGCUUUGCAUUGUAGAAACUUAUUUUUCUGAGUUGCUGAAAUUUACUUUAGGAACACAUACUGAUGAAUUGCUGACAUUAUAAUCGACAGGGAUUUACAGAAGGCUUAAGAAGCAGCAAAUUAUGGUGCACUUCAAGGAACACAAGUGCCUGCUUGGUAUCACAAUGUUCAGUGGAAUGCAAUCAUCUUGUGAUGCUUUGGCCAUUGGUCCAGAUUUAUCCAGAUGCCUGCAAACACCUGAACUGCUUGCACCUGAGAGCUUACAGACAACCAUCUCCAACUACUCGCAGGCUUUGGUAGUAGCAGAUCUAGACCCAUCUACAGCAAAGUUGGCAAUUGGGAUCACAGGCCCCUUCCUUUCAGCAUUUGGCUUUUUAUUUAUCGCACGAAUAGUUAUGUCUUGGUAUCCAAAGCUCCCAGUGGGGAAGUUCCCACAUGUCAUUGCCUAUGCACCCACAGAACCACUACUCAGAAUCACAAGGAAGCUGAUACCUCCUCUUGGUGGGGUGGAUGUAACCCCUGUGGUCUGGUUUGGAUUGAUUAGCUUCUCAAACGAAAUAUUAGUCGGCCCACAAGGGUUACUUGUGCUCCUGUCUCAACAAGUUUAGACAGUAGAUGUGUAUGCAAAGAUGUUGUUGAAAAUUGCUCACACAGAGUGCCAAUACAAAGUGUUGUAAACUGAUGAACCAAAUUUUGAUUAUCUUAAUUCAUUGAGAACAAAGUCUGUCCAA